AUGUCGUUGUGGACAGAUGAGCGUGUGGACGAAACAGUCACCUCCGCCUAUGUCCAUUCUCACCUGCGUGCAGAUGAACAGGAAUAUCUUCAGCGGCCAUUGUACUUUGGCGGGGACCUAACCGACGAUACCUAUUUGGACUGGAUCCUGACCAGAGCAAAGCGCUUCUUCCUCAUCUUGGUUGCCACUGGGGUACCUGAUCAGAUUUUCGGCAUCAUCGAUGACUCGUACGAUGAUGAAGAUCUGCCCAUCAUCGAGCAAGCUGUCCCCGAUCUCCGACUGUCCUUUCAGCCCGACAGGUCUUUGGACAGACGUUUCUACAAGACCCAGUUCCGGUUUCUGACGCGAAUUGUCGGGGAGGGGGAACAUAUCCGGUACGCAGACGAAGAAACAGUCCCGGUCGUCCCUCUGAGUUUGAAGUCGGUGGUCCUCUCACUCAGUCACGAAGGGACCGACCGAGUUCGGUUACCGUCCGACAACCAAAGGGUUUUCAUUCGCCGUCGCAUCGUCCUCGAGGCCCCCCUCACGGAGGAGGAGAUCUUGAAUGAAAUCGCCGCGAGCAGGAGACUCUGUCACCAACAUAUUGUGUCUGUGUUUGGCUCUUACCUCCAUCAAGGCGCGUUCAAUGUCAUCUCCGCCCCAGCCCCCGAGUGGACCCUGAAGACAUUUCUCACCGAUACUCCGAAAAGCUUUGGUGCUCUCCCGAAGUCUGAGCGACGACGAAUCCUGAUCAAUUGGCCACACUGCUUGGCUAGCGCGGUAGCCUGGCUACAUGAAAACUGUGAAUUUCAUGGAGGCAUUCGCCCCUCCAACAUCCAGGUUGACGACUCCUUCUGCAUCUCCUUAGGCCUGCUGGACGGAGACGGGUUGCUUCGUCAGAGGCCUCGCCAUGACGACAUCGAAGCGUAUCAGUACGGUCCGCCCGAGCGUUGGAAGCGAGCGGUGACCGUGCAAAGCACCGGCUCUGCCGCCCUAUCGCUUCCCUCUGGCGGGAGAACGGGCCGCAAGGUGGGUGGAAACCCACGGUUGAACUCCUCGGACGGCAGGAAUGCGGCAAGAAGCAGGUCGGCUUCGUCCGGAGCAACGUAUACAUUUCAACCCACAUCAAGAGGAGGGUACGCAAGGCUCCGCUUGAGUGCAGCCAUGAGUCCGGACGCGCCGCCUCAGCCUUUUAGCCGUGUCAGGGACAUGCCGUCUCCGACCGACACCCGAUCGGUUUCAACCCAAGAUACAGCACGGUUUGGCAUCGACCCGAUCGUCCCAGGACGGGCGCCCUCCAUUCUGUCGUCCACCAGUUCCAAUGGCAAGAACACGUCCUCGCUCAACAAUCCAAUCUUCGUAUCGGCACCCGAGGGCCGAAGCGCCGUCGUUCAGACGUGGCAGUCCGUGGAACAGGACAUGUUCGCGUCCGACGUAUUUUCACUCGGGGCGGUGAUCAUGGACGUCCUGAAUCUUCUCUGCAAACGCAGCUAUGGCUCGUUCUCCCGGCAUCGAUCUUCCAAAAAUCGGAUGGCUGGCCGUGGUGGUGGCCUAGCGGAUGCGAGCUUCCACGCCAACCUUGGCCAGGUCUUCUUGUGGGCUCAGAGUCUCCAAAAUGAAGCCGAAAAGAAGGCGAAAAAGGAUGAGGGCCAGGUAUAUCAUGCCGUCGGCCCUGUGGUGCAGCUUAUUCUUCAGUGUCUCGAACGAGAUCCCUCCGCCCGUCUGACUAGUCCUCAGCUGCAGCAAAAACUGGGCGACCUGAUUCGUCGCUUUGCCAGUGUCGAUAGACUCCACUGUGCGACUCACGAGAGACUAGAGAGCAAGGCAGUGACCACCAAUAUUCCGAUCCGGGAGAAGAAACCCCGGCAGGGAGGAUCGGACAGCGACAAUCCACGGAGGAAUGUCCGUCAAGCUUCUCGCACUGCGCGAUCUCUCACAAGAGAGCAACGACAGCAUCGAGAGCAUGCCAUGCUUCUGGAUGGUCCCAUGGUCCACUCGCCCAUCAGCCACACGCCUCCAAGCGCAAUCGCGACGCCAGCAGCAACUUCUGCCAGUUCGCUAUUGUCGUUCAAUUUUGACGGCGUGUCCGACACGGUGGUGGCCGACAGUCCGCAUUCCCGCGAUCAUUCCCUGCACCGCAAUGCUCGUCGCGCAGAGGCGGCUGUCCUUCCAAAUCAAGUCCCUUGGUCCAAUGAACUCGACACACCCAGACAGAAGCACUGGCACAACUGGCACAACAACGACAGCCAAGUGGAUCCCCGACUGUCGUUUGGGGAGUCGAUUGAGACCGGUGCCUUCACCUACAUGAACUACAGCACGAGCGCGUCGUCGGAUGAGGGUGUGAAAUACUUUCCUCGGCCCCCUUCCGACCCACCCACGAAGCCGCCUCCCAAUCGAGAUUUGCCUCCAGUGCCAUCGUUGCCGGUAGGGGCUCGAUCUUUGAAGCCGAAGAAACACGCGCCUGCCAUCACGCCAUCCAGUAGGGAUGUUGCCGUGCUCAAUCAUUUGUCGUCUGUGGCUACUGGCGGACGUCCGCUUCGAGUCGACAGUCUGCCCCAGGCAUUGGAAGAUGAUGUUGUUCACGACACGCUCCGAUACAUGAGACAUGCACACCGGGUGAAGGCAUCCUCACGUGGUCGGUCUCGACAGGAUCAAUACCCGGUCCGAAGAGAUGCUUAA